AUUCAGUCAUUUUUAAUAUUCGAUUAGCCGUUAACGUACUUAAACAGCUAGGCCAAUACCAACCACAAGAGAGAGAGAGAGAGAGAGAGAGAGAGAGAGAGAGAGAUAGAGAAAGAGAGAAAUAAAAUAAAACAGAACAACAAUGGAUCGUCCCAACAUUGGUCUGUCACUGUUACUAUCGUUGCUGCUCUGCAACUUUAUCAUCGAUCUUGAAGCUUCACAGCAAGAUGUCAACCAACCGUACCGGACCGGCUAUCACUUUCAGCCUCUCAGAAAUUGGAUGAACGGUAUGUACCGACCAAUGAUAUACAAAGGAAUAUACCAUCUCUUCUACCAAUAUAACCCAUACGGCGCCGUUUGGGACGUCAGAAUCGUGUGGGGACACUCCACGUCAACUGACUUAGUAAACUGGACCCCACAACCUCCAGCUUUCAAUCCAUCUCAGCCGUCCGAUAUCAACGGCUGUUGGUCAGGCUCCGUCACGAUUCUACCAAACGGCACACCUGUGAUCCUGUACACCGGAAUCGACCAAAAUAAAAGUCAAGUGCAAAACGUUGCCGUUCCGGUUAACAUCUCCGAUCCAUAUCUCCGAGAAUGGUCAAAGUCGCCGGGAAAUCCUCUGAUGGCUCCUAACGCCGUUAACGGAAUUAACCCCGACCGGUUCCGAGAUCCGACCACCGCGUGGUUAGGACGCGACGGAGAAUGGCGAGUCAUCGUCGGAAGCUCGACGGACGAUCGUCGAGGAUUAGCGAUUCUUUACAAAAGCCGAGAUUUCUUCAAUUGGACUCAGUCGAUAAAGCCUCUUCACUACGAAGACUUGACCGGAAUGUGGGAAUGCCCCGAUUUUUUCCCGGUUCCGAUAACCGGAUCCGACGGUGUAGAAACGUCGUCGUUUGGUGAGGUAAAGCACGUGCUUAAAGUGAGUUUGUUCGAGACAUUGCAUGAUUAUUACACGAUUGGGAGUUACGAUCGCGAGAAAGAUGUUUACGUACCAGAUCUUGGGUUCGUACAAAACGGAUCGGCUCCGAGAUUAGAUUACGGGAAAUAUUACGCGUCGAAAACGUUUUUCGACGAUGUUAAGAAACGGAGGAUCUUGUGGGGUUGGGUUAAUGAAUCGUCACCAGCUAAAUCUGACAUUGAGAAAGGUUGGUCUGGUCUUCAGUCAUUUCCAAGGAAAAUUUGGCUAGAUGAAUCGGGGAAGGAACUGCUACAAUGGCCAAUUGAAGAGAUUGAAACCUUGCGUGUGACACAAGCCAAGUGGCACAACAAAGUUAUUAGGGCAGGAUCUACUAUCCAAGUUCAUGGUGUCUCUGCCGCACAAGCAGAUGUUGAGGUGUCCUUCAAGGUCAAGGAAUUGGAAAAAGCGGAUGUGAUUGAACCGAGUUGGACCGAUCCACAAAAGAUUUGCAGUCAGGAAGAUUUAUCGGUAAAGUCCGGUUUAGGACCAUUUGGUUUGAUGGUUUUGGCAUCAAAUGACAUGGAAGAGUACACAUCGGUUUACUUCAGAAUCUUCAAGUCAAAUGAUACGAAUAAGAAUACUAAUUACGUAGUGUUGAUGUGCAGUGAUCAAAGCAGAUCCUCGUUGAAUGAAAAAAAUGAUAAGACGACGUUUGGUGCUUUUGUGGCGAUAGAUCCUUCUCACCAAACACUUUCUCUUAGGACUUUGAUUGACCAUUCUAUCGUGGAGAGUUAUGGCGGAGGAGGCAAAGUAUGUAUAACCUCGAGAGUGUAUCCAAAAUUGGCAAUUGGAGAAAGUGCAAAUCUCUUUGUCUUCAACAAAGGAACUCAAAGUGUUGAUGUCUUAAGCCUAAGUGCUUGGAGCUUGAAGUCUGCCCAUAUCAAUGACGACUCAUUGUCACCAUCUAUUGAGUGCCAUGAUUCAAACUCACUUGAUCAGUCUUGAAUCUUGAGAAUGGAAUAUAUUUUACACUUUACGGAAAAAAAAUCAAAAUGAAUAAGAGACCUUUGAGCAUCUCAAUCGGUUGAAGACUGAAACUAAGUAUUUAAAUAUUAUAAAAUUAAUAUUUUUUAUUUCAUUUAUUUUUAGAUUUAAAUUAUAUCCUGAAAAAAAAAU